AUGACUAAAAUACAGAGGUUGUUACUUGCCCUUGAUGAGUUGCUGUCGGAAGUUGACCAAAGGUUUUGUGUUAGGCACUUAUAUAGCAACUUUAGGAAGAAUUUUCCUGGUGUCAAAUUAAAGAAAUUUAUGUGGAAAGCUGCCGAUGCUAGUUACUCAAAUGCUUGGGAAAUAAUUAUGCGUGAAAUAAAAGUGGUGAAUGAAGAAGCAUUCAAGCACCUUUGGAAGAUCCCACCUAGGUUAUGGAGCAAAUUUAGGUUUAAAAAUGGUCCAAAGUGUGACACUUUGGUGAACAACAUGUCAGAAGCAUUUAAAUCUGUUUUUGUAGCUGCAAGGGCCAAGCCCAUCGUGACAAUGCUUGAGGAGAUUAUUGUGUACCUGAUGCAAAGGUGGGAGUCUAACAGACAAAAAGUUUCCAAAUAUGUUGAUACCAUUCGGCCAAAUAUUAGAAAGAAGUUGGAAAAGGAAUCACAAAGGACUAACAAUUGA